AGCCAAUCAUGUUGUGACCCAAACCAACCUGUUCCUGCGUCAUUGGCGCCGACGUUGAGAGAGUCUCGACUCGAUACCCAACGUCAGCACCACCACGACCGCAAAGUUUAUGAAUGGUGCGGUGCGGCAGGUAAUAACGCAAAAUAUAUGCCACGUAAGUGACAGCAAGCGAAGACCAUGAUCCAUUCUAUCAUGCGUCCUACCAAUAAGGACGCUUUUAACGAGCGUCGCUGCGCAUGAGACCCAGUGGGAACAGCUCCAUUCUAUUCGCCCCUCGGCAUCGUAGGAACUAUCGCCGUCUCUGUUGCAGAAAAUGCCUUAUACACAGCCCAAGCCCUAUAUUCAUACCGCGGGAAGAAUAAAAGUCAAAAACGCUCGGCCCAACGCUAUGGAAGACCGCCCCGGUAGCGCCACCGACUCCUGUAGCACCCUAUCGUUCUACGCUACUCCUGUGCAGAGCCCACAGACUACUGCUCGUCCUCAAAUAUGGAUGUUGCGCCGAGACCCGGAUCUCGGAAGCGAUCGCUUCUCUAAGCGGGAAUCUGUCGUGAUCCGGGACAGCAUCGCAUACCCCUCUGAAUCGAGCUUCGAAGACACAAUCAUCAAGGGCACGGCGCAGACGGGUCAGCGGAACCCAAGCAAGCCACGAUUGAUCGACCUCGAUCGCAUACGGCGCAAGAUGCGGAGCGCAACAACGCGGCGCGGGUCCCAGCGGAGCACUGCGACAGACACAUCCACCUUGUCGCUAGGGUGCUGGCUUUCCGAAAUGCGCCCACCGGAGCAGGUUAUGCUUAGCCCCAUAACGAGCCAGCGAGCCGUGACGGAGAUGUAUCACGCAAGCCAGAGCGAUAUCAUGGUGCGCUCUAGAACUCGGGCCUCUUCUCUGCGGGAACGGGAAACCACGUUGCGAUUUGUGAACGGAGCACGAGGCGGGCAAUCCAGCGAGACUGUUGGGAACACUCCCCACGAGAGCGAGCUAUCGGGUUACACUCUGACAGAUAAUAGUCACCAGCCCAAACACAGUUUCAUGCGCACGCUGUGUUGUGCGCUAUAUUGAUUUGGGAUACUAGAAGCCCUGUCUAGAUUGGUGGCAUUAGAGUCGGCGAGCCUCGGAGUGUAAAUACAUAGGCAAAAUCGAGGGAAGAGGAUGGUGUAGGUGUAGGAGUUAGGAGGCGCUUGGUUGAAAAUUGGUCGACGGGUUAGGGUUAUUUGUUAUGAAAAGGGGGAUAGCUAC